AUGUUUGCUCAUUUGAAAAAUGAACAACUAACUAUUUGUUCAUUUGACAAAUGAGCAACUAACUAUUUGCUCAUUUCUAUUAUGACCUUUCAACUAUUGCUUUGUUCUAAUUGUCUAACUUUUCCUUAUGAUUACCUUUUCUUAAAAUGAGUAAACAAAUAUUGCUCAUUUUAGCUGAUUGAUGCAAAAGAGCAAAACAAUGUUGCUCAUUACAUAUUUUGCUCAUUUCGUAAUUGAGAAAAAUAUUUCUAAUCAUUUCAUAGAUGAGCAAUAUAUUUGCUCAUUUCAUAGAUUGAAUAUAGAAAAAUAAUUUAAAACAUAUAUUUUGAGCAAAUACUCUUUGUUAUUUAUCAAAUGUCCUUAGUACUUGUAUAUUUGCCCUGGUCUCCAUUUUCUGGCCAACUACCAUCACUAUGGUUGGGAGGCCAACAUAUGUAUAUAGAUGUUUUGGUUUAUUUGUUUGACAGUCAAGGAAAUGAGGAUGAUUGUAAGAAAGUUUAUGUUGGAGGGAUGCCAUAUAGUUCGACCGAGGACGAUAUGUGGAGUUUCUUUGAUCAUUGUGGUACUAUAACUGAUAUUGAUUGUAUGAAAUUUCCUGAGACUGGAAAAUUCAGGGGUAUUGCUUUUAUCAGCUUUAAGACAGAAGAGGCUGCUAAAAAAGCCCUGGCACUAGAUGGAUCUGACAUGGAUGGCUUUUACCUGAAAAUUCAACCCUACAAGGCAACUCGUACCACUAAAUCAUCAGCCUUUAUCCCACCAGUCAUAGAGGGCUACAACAGGAUAUAUGCUGGAAACUUGUCAUGGGAUAUCACAGAAGAAGACUUACGAAAGUUCUUAUCUGAUUGUAAUAUAACGUCCAUCCGAUUUGGGGAGGAUAAAGAGACUGGGGAAUUCAAAGGAUACGCACAUGUGGACUUCUCUGACAGUGGCUCUCUUACAAAGGCAUUGAAACUAGAUCAGCAUGUAGUAUGUGGACGGCCUGUGAAGAUAAGUCGUGCAGUCCCUGUGAGAGGAGCUAUAAGACAUCCGGGGUCUGCCUCAGCACCAUCAACUAUGAAACCUCAACAGAAUAUUAUUGGAGUUAUGCCGCCAGCUGUAAAACCUGGAGAGAAUCAUAGUGUUGUUAUGCCAGCAGCUGUAAAACCUGAAGAGAGUUAUAAUGAAGUUGUGCCACCAGUAGUACAACCACCAGAGAAUAAUACCGGGGUUAGCUCUGGGAAGCUUAAGAGGAGGACUUGCUAUGAAUGUGGUGAACGCGGUCACAUUUCUUCUGCCUGUCCAAAGAAACAAGCUACUGAACAAACUGCUCCAAAUGCUAGUUAAUCUAUUAUCAUAGAAUUGUGACCAUCUCCAGCCACUUGCCGUGGAGAAUUUUUUUGACGCACCAGUAGUUGAUUACCAGCAUAUUGACACUUUUAUAUGGUCCAUAUUUAUAAAAGGAAUAUUUCUUUCUUGCCCCUCAUAGAGUUGAGCUACACAGUAUUUGCUAGUUUUACGAAUUCGUUAUUUGUACCUCUUUCUCCCCUUCUGUAGGAGCAACUUCUACAACUUUGCACUUUCCAAAUGGAAAAGUUAGAUAAAAUUUUGUUUUC